AUGAGCAAUUUGCACUGGUGUCUGCCAGAUUCUGGGUUGCCCCGUGGGGACGGGGUUCUCUUGACAGCUGGAAGACUCAGAGCCAGUGGAACGUGGCUGCGGGGAACCGUAGACAGCCGGAGGGUCCGUUGUGUGACGACCCCUCUGACAGAACCCAAGUCUUCAGGGGAAAGUGUCGUUUGUGUUCUGCAGCGGGACUUGCGGCUUCAAGACAACUGGGCGUUGCUAUUUGCACAGGAUGCUGCUUUAUCUCUCGAGAAGCCAUUGCACGUGCUUCAUUUAGUAGCUCCGGGCUGCUCUUUCCAGCGCACCACUCGUCAUUUGCAAUUCCAUCUUCAAGGCGUUCAAGAACUCGCCGUCGGCCUCACAUCUCACAACAUCCCUUUUCACUGCUUCCCGCUGCUCUCUGCAGAAGCUUCCGCUGCUGCAGCAGAAGCAACGGACCGGUUGAAGCGCGCUCUUCAGCAGCUGAACCCACGACUUGUAGUCUGCGACUUGAUGCCGCUGAGAUUGCCGGCGGCGUUUGUGAAGGAGCUGGGAUUUGUUUGCAAGGAGGUGAUGCGGUGUCCUCUGUAUCAAACGGACGCCCAUAACGUCUACGCGGCGCGGACAUUUCGCCCUCGUGUGAUGUCCCUCUUAGAGGAAUUUGGUUGCGACUUUCCGGAGUUACAGCGGCACCCCCAUACGAGCAGCGCGUUGCAGGGGGGCAUCGCCAACAUCCUCCAGCAGCAGCCACAAGUGGACGAGGCAGUGCAGCUGCCUCCGCAAUGGGUGCCGGGGGCUGCCGGGGGCUUCGCCGCCCUCAAGGCAUUCUGCUCGCAGCAGCGCCUGGCUGCCUACCCCUCACGGAACAAUCCACUGCUGAACACACAAAGUGGGCUCUCCCCCUGGCUGCACUUCGGGCAGAUCGCAGCGCAGCGUUGCUUGUUAGCUGUUCGUGCACUGGGGCCUGCAACGAAGAUUGGGGCGGCGGCGGCAGCAGGGAGAGAAUCCUUCAUUGAAGAGCUUGUGGUGCGGCGGGAAUUAGCAGAGAAUUUCACCUUUUACAACGGCGCCUACGACAAGAUUGAAGGGGCCCCCAGGUGGGCGCAAGAGACUCUGGAGGCGCACCGAGGCGACAAGAGGGAGUACGUGUACUCCCUCGCACAGUUUGAAGCAGCUAAGACCCAUGACGUUCUCUGGAACGCCGCGCAGCUGCAGCUCGUUCACGUUGGGAAGAUGCACGGCUUUCUGCGCAUGUAUUGGGCUAAGAAGAUACUGGAGUGGAGCCCGUCAGCCCAGGAGGCACUAUCGGCGGCUCUGCAUUUAAAUGAUAAGUUUUCGCUGGAUGGAACAGACCCCAACGGCAUCGUCGGGUGCAUGUGGAGUGUGGCAGGAGUACACGAUCAAGGUUGGGCAGAGCGGCCCGUCUUUGGAAAAAUCCGCUAUAUGAACUUAUCAGGCUGCAGGCGCAAGUUCCCUGUAGACGAGUUCGUGCAGAAGGUUCAAGCAAGCACUCGUAAACUAGUAAAGGAAACACACCCGAAAACCAGGAACAAACAAAAGGAACCGACCGCAAGAGUAAAUGCCACUCUUGCGCUCCAACCGUCCCCCAACAAAUCCACUAAAAAGGAGAAGCGACAAUAA